AAAAUCGUUUUGCUUCGCUCACGUCGUUUAUGAUAAAAAUAUCACACUUCUUUUUUAAUCGUCAUCCUACCAAAAAUGCAGGGCCUUUGGGAUUAGUUAAAAGAAGCUAAAUAUCGAAGUGGUUGAUUUGUCUUCUACUUUAAACUAUGGCAAAUAUUACUUUGAGCGAAGAAGAACUGUGUGAAAUUUAUGAAACAGGGAUUCAGCUUGCAAAAGAAUGUGGCCAUAUGAUUAAAGAAUGUUUUUACCGAGACAAAAAAGUGACAACAAAAGCCUCCUAUGCUGAUCUUGUUACUGAAACAGAUCAAAAUGUGGAGAAAUUUUUUACUAAAGAGAUAAAAAAACAUUAUCCAGGACAUAGUGUCAUUGGAGAAGAAACCACAGCUGAUGGUAAGAAAAUUGAGUUUACUAAUAAUCCAACAUGGAUCAUUGAUCCAAUUGAUGGGACUACUAACUUUGUACAUAGAAUACCAUACACAUGUAUUUCUAUUGGACUGACAGUCAACAAAGAGCCAGUAAUUGGAAUUGUGUAUAACCCAAUCACAGAUGUAUUUUUUAAAGCGAGAAAAGGGCAUGGUGCAUUUUGUAAUGACAAAAAGAUAGCAGUGACUGGUUUAGAAGAGAUAGAGUCAGCCAUGUUUAUUAUGGAAUUUGGCUCUAACAGAGAACCAGACAAGAUGGCUGUCAAGUUUAGGAACCUCUUCAAUCUAAACAAAGCAAGUCAUGGCUUGAGAGCAUAUGGUUCUGCUGCACUAAAUAUGUGUAAUGUUGCUCAAGGAGAAGAAGAUGGAUAUGCAGAACAUGGCAUCCACUGUUGGGACAUUGCUGCUGGGGCUGUUAUUGUGGAAGAAGCAGGAGGAGUUGUAAUAGAUCCUUCUGGUGAUAAAUUUGAUUUAAUGAGCCGAAAGGUUUUAGUAGCAUCAAGCAUGCCACUAGCAUUAAAAAUGUCUGCUCUGUUGGAAGAUCCUGGAUUUGAAAGAGACUAACAA